AUGGCCAGCCCGCAAGGUGGACCGAGCGCUCUCGCCCCCCGUGAGGCAAGGGAGGUGAGUGUCACUGCGGGUGUGACACCUGACUCGCCAUAUUCGAGCGAUGAGGAACGAAACAGCCAAGAUUUCACUUGUCGCUGGCGAACGUCCGAAUUUCACGACCAAGAGUGCUAUCGAUACUUUGACUGUCCGUCUCACCUGGUGGAGAGGCGGCUCUCUAUAGACGGCACCGACGAGCCAAGAGAAAGCGCUGCCGAAGCGACCGAAAUUCGAGACGAUCACGUUUCUCCCAGAAUUUCGAUCGACAGAAUUCUACCACGAACAGACGAAGAAAAUACGGCCGCUGAACUGGGGCGGGGUGACGAUACUCUUGUCGCGCAUCCUUUGGCGUCCUCCUCAGGGAUAUCAUCUGGGCUGGCGGCUGAGAGAGAGGAGAGCAGCACGACGAGGACGGCAGCAGCGGAUCCUACGGCUCUACCCGCCAGAACAUCAUCGCUACCGAUCAGAACUCGCAUUUCCUCCAGAAGUAUCGACUUGCGGCCAGCCGGUUCAUCCAGCAGCGAAAGCUGGGGCGAGCUCUUUGAGCAACCCAGUGGAGCGAUGUCCACCAGCGUGCCAGCUCCGGAUUCGUCAGAGAGCACCUCACCCAGAAUGUCUGCAAGGGACCAGCUAUCUGCCAUGUAUGCUGUCGAUACGGAUAGAAUAUCGAAUGAGAACGCUCUACAGCACUCGUUGACAAGAUCGUCUGAACGUGAACGUGAGCGCGAACGCCAGUCGUCGGUUGUUCUUCCUAGGUGGCAACCCGAUGGCGAAGUGACUUACUGUCCUAUAUGUCGCACUCAGUUCAGCAUCUUUGUGCGCAAACACCACUGCAGAAAAUGCGGAAGAGUCGUUUGCAAUUCCUGCUCCCCCCACAGGAUCAUCAUCCCGCAUCAGUUCAUCGUCCGGGCACCCGGCUCUGAGGUGCCGCUUCCUCCAGCACUGUUUUUUGACAGCUCAGGUGGUGGUUAUGUCGACAUGAAUGGACUCUCUGGGGGCGAGCGAGUGCGUCUCUGCAACCCAUGCGUUCCUGAUCCCAAUACGGCGCCUCCGCAAAGCCCCGGCUCUCCCGGUCUUUCACCACGUUCGGCACGACGCAGGUCGCGGAAUAGCACGGGCAGCGGAUAUCCACUCCCGCCUUCUGUAAAUAAUCGAUACGGAGGAGUGUUUGCAGCUGGUCAGAGUAAUGAUCCUUACCAAUUCUACACCUCCAGGACAAGGAGCAUCACAAUGGAUCCAACUGGACAGAGAGCAGGAGGUGCUUCAUCCUCGUCAUCUUCACGCAGGCGCAGCAGCGCCAAUUAUGAGGUAUCGUCCCUGAAUCGGCUGCUAGCCGCUGGACCAUCCCCCUUUAACAUGCAGAACCAACAUCACAUUCAUCGACGACGCUUGACUGGAGAGUCUGGUUCGUCAUCUCGGCAGAGGGCGCUGCCUCCCCCUCCUCAGAUUGCGGAGGAGGAUGAGUGCCCCAUCUGUCACCUGGAGCUUCCAUCUCGAGAACUGCCCAAUUUUGAAGCCUUACGAGAGUCACAUAUUACCACAUGUAUCCAAUCUCAUAGCACCUACGGCAGCCCUCGCGGAGCAGCAGACAGCGCCACACCACCUCCUCCCCCCCGGCGCACCGGCAUGUAUACGUAUGCCGCAACAGAGAAAGACUGUGUCGACGACGCGGAGUGCACGAUUUGUUUAGAAGAGUUCACCGUUGGCAUUCCGAUGGCACGACUCGAGUGUCUUUGUAGAUUUCACCGAUCUUGUAUUUCGGCCUGGUUUGUCAAUCACCCGGGAAGAUGUCCAGUGCACCAGCAUGACGGAUUCGGGUACUAG